CUAGAAACACUGCAUUUCCUGCCAUUUACUCAUCUCACCCUCGAAUAAGAGUGCAGCCUGCCAUACAUCCUCUUUACCUUAUUCAUCUAUAUACUCAACGACCACCGAUUGGGAUAGCGGCAACUUCUCUUGCAAGUCCAUACAAAAUGCGCGCCCAGAGAAGCCUGAUCCAGAACCUGGCCAUGGUGGUAUUAGCGAUUCCAUGUGCUCUUGCAGAUCUCCAUAACGUAGCAGUUUGCGUGACAAACAGAGUCGAAGCGCCAGUCGGUGGAACUGGAUGGAGUGUUAGCUAUAACUGGGCCAAGAACUACGAAAUCCUCCCAGAUGCGACCAAGUGCGCCUGUGAUUACUACCGGAACCGCGACACUGGCAAUAAUCAGUGGGAUAUCUGCCCUGACUGCACUUUUGACGGCAUUGGCUGUAACUCGGCUGGUUGGCACAUCGGUGGCGACGAGAUGAAUUACUACUGCUCAAAAAAAUGUGGUGCUCAGGGCUCUGAAGCAAACUAAUCUUAAGUCGUUAUCCUACCAUACAGUUGUUUGGCCAAAUAAAGUUCUAGCACCGGCCAUAGAAGUGUGUUUCGCGCAAAGGCAUGAGGACUAUAUAAGAUAAUAAGAGAU